AUGGCCCGCGUGUUUACACUCCUAAGGUGAGACUGUCUCCUUUUUGCUCUCUAGUCUAUGUUCUGCUCUGUAGCAGUUUCUAUUUUUGGUAUUCUUGGGGUCGUCUGCCUCUUUUCCGGCCUUCUCCAUCGUAUGUCGCGGUCGUAUAAAUGUUUGUAACAAUUAUACAUAAAUAACGCGCUUCUCCACAGACGGAUAAAUCCCGUCCUCGUCUUUUUUAUUAUCGACGAUUCGACGCUCUCGUAACUAGAUGGAAUGCAAUCUACUUCAUUUAUGGAAACAAACUGGAAAAACUGCAGAAGAUGCCCAACUUUUGCCUGCACUGACAGAUUUCUUGGUAACCUCAACAUUCCUCGGCGAUCGGGUUCCUGGUGCGUGCACUUUUUUGCAAGCAGACUCGAGUGUGUGAUGGAGGGGAGAGUGCGACACCUGCAUCGGAAGUCUACUAUCACUACAUACCGACUCCUGCGCCCACCCAACUGUGGGGCACUCGGUGGACACCGUCGGAAACGGCAAUCGAACUGUCAGAGGAGCCAUCAAUAUUUGGAGGCAUCCGUGCUGACAUUAAUGCGGGCUCGAUGCUGGUGAAGUAGACUUGCGCACCGUCGACUCCCUUCUCUGGUCCCACACCCAUUGUGUGUCAUCCAAUCGGUUGUCGACUAGGGUCACUGCGUAGGGCGGCAGCGCUUUGUGUAGCCGCAGAGAGGUGACCUGGGUGUCAUGUGGGGUCGGAGUGGAAUGAUCACCUCGCGCGCAGCCCAGGCCUUUGGCACAAGAGCCAGUCAAGCACAGCGCUUGCGCAUCUCUCAGGUGGUUUCACAGCAAAUGCGCAAACAGUACAAAGUCUAAAGUUAACCCGAGACCACGUGAUGGCACUCAACUUUGCGUUUUUUUGCGGCAGGUCAGUCCUAGGCACGUUCAAGCGUGCCUAUUGUAGACCCAUUCUUCCCCUGGCUGAAAUUGAGUACGAUGAUUCUGUCAGCAGGUUGAUAUUAUCCGGGACGAAUGAAUUCCCAUAUAGGAAAUUGAGAGAUGAAGAAAACAAGCAGCCCCGAGAAAGCUUGCAGCUGAAGGCUGCGAAAACAAGAAUUGCACUGAGAAAAGCUGUUUUCUAGCGCAUUCAUCCCGUACUAGUUAAGUCAAGCACUCCCUCCCUUGGGUUGACUGUUGCUAUCGUUUUCCCGCCCUAAGCACCCGUGUUCUCACUUCCGUCAUCUAUGCGUGAGAACAUAAGCACAUCGUUAGCUCCUUGUGGAAAAGCAUGUUCAAAAGUGCAAAGGGCCUUCAUGUUGGACUAGUAAUCUUUAUCCUCCUACGCCCCUAAUCUGUGCCGUUGUUAGUUUCACGCAAUUUGGCACCGGUACUUGCCAGUGAGUCGCACACUAACACCAGGGGAUAUGAGCUGCAGAUACGUGCACCCACACAGAUCACAGUAUUCCCGAACACCCAAAAACCCAGACGCUAGCAACUGCCUAGGCCAUCGCCUCUGUUAUUGCCGUGAUUGUGAUUAGUGGAGUUAGACUCAUCAGUUAAGUAAAGAAAUAGUAGUUGCCUCGUUAUCGAAUCCCAGGCCAUGCACACUUGGAGCCGGUCAUGUUUGGCUGACGACAGCUAACAAACCAGAAACGGCUAUACCAACCACCCCUGUCUUCGACGGUGUUCCUUCCUGUACCCUUGUUAGUCACUACACGACUGCCAUCGAGGGCUGUAGAUUGAGCUCCAAGGCGUAACGGGAGGAGCACAUCCCGUAGUCUGAUCGGCUAACACAAUCCCACCACUGUUUAUAUCCCUGAUCGCAUCCGACAGUACAACGGGUCCAUUUUUUAUGCUAGGACGUUUGCCUUGAAUACACUCAGUGACAAGAGAAUCCGGCUUUGAAUCCCAUGCCUUGCAAACCUGGGGCUGGCCAAUGACUGGCUGACGGCAACUAAUGAGCGAGAAGUGGCCAUCACAGUCUUCCAUGUUGAAGAAGGAGACACGAUCGCCGGGACAAGAGCUUUAUGAGCCUGACGUUUCGGAUUCCUACUCGAAUCCAUCAUCAGAGACAAAAGAGCAGAAACGGGUGGUUGUUGCACAAGGGGCUGCGGUAUUUAUAGGAUGCAGUAGCCAUGCUACCGCAUACCUAUGAACGUUCACGGCUCCCCUCUUCAUCCGGGGUUGUCACACUUGGUGUGAUCAUUGCUUGAUGGCCGACAUUCGAAUCGAUAAUUGCUGCAAUUUCAUCACCUGCGUUGGAUGUUGGCGUGAUGAUUGCUCGACCAUCUGACGCGUUGACCCGGGUGUUGGGAAGAGUGUUCACCAGUGCGCUCCCCGCGUGGCCAAUUACUCCGCCUAGACGAAGUCUCAGCACGCUGUAUUGAAUGGGAAGAUGGUUGCACUUGUUGAUGGACUGGGGGCCAGUAAACCAUGAUUCCAGUAGCUCCCGGCUCACUCGGUUGUCACCUCUUGCGAGAAUUUCGGCCUCAUCGAAUUUAAAUGUUUGGCCGGAUCUCGUCGAAUGAGCUGCCACUAUUCCGUACCUGUGCCAUUACUGCUCGCCAUGCCAUUGUUUGUGAGGGCUCUAGAUUUAGCCCCAAGAUGCAACGGGAGACGCAUGUCUGGUAACCUGUUUGGUGGAUACCAUUUGGACGAUAAAAAUAAAACUCUAUGCAUGAGCCCAUAGUCAAGAGGCGUUUGGCAGGGCGGUGUAACGGCAUCCAGAACUCCUCCCCUAUUGUUUUGUCUGGUAUUCCAGCAGGACUGGUUAUGAUCCAUACUGGCUGCCGCCGUCAUCUUGCUUUUUUUGUGUCCUUGCAGAGAGGAGAGCGAGAGUAUCCUGGAGCUCAAAGGCCUCACGCCAAACGGAAUGCUUCCCUUCGGCGCCCUGUCUGGUGGCAAGGAGACUCUUCUCAGCGGUAAGUAGGGGGCUCAUGCCAAAAUCCUGUGUUCCAUUGCCAGUCCCUAAUUCGACUGCCGUGAGUGCUGAGAUUUACUGCUGCCCCAGUAGUCCUCCGGACUGGUCUGCCAACAGUACCACCCACCUCAAACUCAUUGCAGCAAUGGGUCAUUCAGUUUCUAGUGGGGUCAUAAUACAUCCUACGUCAUAAUCCAAGCUCUUCCCAUAGCAACCAGACGGCAAACACCCUCCUGCCACAGUUAAUAUUCCCGACAGCAGCCGACAGGACAAAGGGUCAGUGGUAGAGCGUUGGAUUUAAGAGCGCUCGAUGACCAACUAACGCAGGGAUUUGAAUUUCAGGUCCCUCCAAACUCGGCGUUGGGUAGGAUUGGCUGAUGACGUCUAAUAAGCCAAAAAUGGCCAUCCCAGUCUCUCCUGUCUCUGCCGGUCAGCUACAAAAAGGGAGGCUAAGGGUGAAGUUAACAGUUCGAACAUGCUGAUUUCCUCUGGACAGCUGGUAAUGCGUCUUUGCCCAUGCACGUCACAGGGGACCUGGUCCUCAGUUCUGCACUAAGUAGGACAAGAUUGACUGAGAGCGAAAUGUUUCCAUCAACCUAAUACCUACUCGGUUGGGGCGUUCUAUGUUGUUUACCUUUUCAGUGAGGAGUUGCGACGAUUCCUUUUGCGGAGGAUAAAACAGGUGUUGCCAGCCUACUAUAGCCGGUGAUUUUAUAGUUUUUUUGACCGUGAAGGCUGUUUUCAGACUUGCUCCAUGCGCAAGUCGGCGUUCGGAGAUCGAAUGAGUGAGCUUUCGCAUGUUCAACGCUGUUUAUUUCUAAACAUUCUCAAUAUGCAUUCAUCAGCAGACUACUUGUUGUAGUUGUUUUACUAUUAGAGUUUUUCGUUCCCGCCUCCUUCAUCCCUACAUGGAAUUGCAGGUGUAAAAGGCGUUUACUAAACAAUGUUUGCCCAUUCGCAUUCAUCCACGAGGUGCAAGUGUAACCAGUUGGCUUUAUCUCGUCGUUUUCUGUACAAUAUUUGUAGCGAAAUGCGGGAUAGAACCAAACCACAAGAUUUCCUCAUUCGAGGAGGCCAAAGAAAUCGAUCGAAUGAAUGAGCGCAUGCCGCCUAGACAUGAUGUUGCCCCGAACGCUGCCGCCGCUCCCCGUUCUUCGGCUUCCUCCAGAGUGUCCACCAACUCGACACUGGCGUCCGCUAACGCUACAUCCUCCAAGAGCCAUGACCGCUCCCCCAGUGGAGGCCGAAAGGUGCCAAACAGUGCGCCUAGUGGCGGUACUUCCGGUACUGAUUCGGCAAACGCUCACAACCGAACACCACUGCCCGUAGUGACGGGAGUUUAUGACGCGAACGAGAGACCCCAACAACAACAGCAGCAACAGUCCCGCAUGACCGCGAGUGAGAACAGUCGAAAUCCCACCGUCGUAUUGUCGCGCGGGUCUUCGCACACGCCUCGUGGACGUUCAGGCAGUUCCACCAGCGCCAACUACAGAUGA